AUGAAUGUCUGUUCCCUGCCGGUUUACGAUUAUUGGCACCCAAAAGUGAUGAGAUACGUGGAUUAUGAUUUCGACCCGACCGUAAGCUGCGACAAAAAUUUUGUGCCAUUCACGCGGCUCGUCGAUGGCAAAUGGGAUGUUGUGGAGGAGAAAAAGGGGAUGAAUUGCUCGGCGAGAUGCAUCUCUGGAAUCGACGAUUGGAAAUUGAAUAUCACCGACUGGAUGGCUCCGGGAAUGCCUGUCAGCUGCGAAUUUUUGGAGGCUGUAUGCUGGGAGGGAUCGAGAGAAGUGUAUGGGUAUAUACAUUCUCAGGUUAUACCAAAAAAACCCACCAAACCCCUCAAAAAUCCAGAUGCCCCUAACGUCUUCGUCUUCCUGUUUGAUUCUAUGAGCACUGGACUAGCUAAACGAUCGUUCCCAAAAACGCUGUCCGCACUAUCCUCUCGCUUGGAAGCCGUGGAAUUUCCGUUUGUGAAUAAAGUUGGGGAAAAUAGUCAACCCAAUGGAAUGGCAUUGUGGUUUGGAAAACUUAUCGAACCAAUUAUGGGAAAGAAUUACGGUGGGAGCGAUGUGAAAGUGGAUUGGGAGAAGGAGGUGUACUGUAGAAAUCAUCUGAAUCAUUCGAUUUUUGAGGAUUUUCAGAACGAGGGGUUUAUGACGCUCCAAAUCGAUGACUGGGGAAACCAGAUGGUGAACUACCCGAAUUGUAAGGGAUUCGCUGAAGCGCCGACUCAUCACUACAUGCAUCCAUUCCAGAUGGUUUAUGAGAGAUUCGGGACGAAUAUCACCAAAAAUCACUUGAAAGGGGCGUUGUGUAGAGAGGAGAGACACGCGGUGUUCGAGUAUUUUCAGCAAUUUGUGGAUGCUUAUAAAGACACCCCGAAAUUCACAUGGAUGUGGAUCAACACUGUCGCACACGACCAUUUCAAUGGUUUCAUGAGAGUUGAUAAGGAAAUGGCCGAGAUUAUUGAUAGGAAUGCUGACAUGUUCGACAACUCGUUCGUCAUCUUCUUAGGCGACCACGGGUUUCGAAUCGGUAUGAGAAGAUUCCUGCAGACUGAAAUUGGUAGUUUGGAGAUGAAUAACCCAUAUUUAUCAAUUUCAAUUCCCAAAAAAAUACGUCAAAAAAGUCAGGCGGUGCUGGAAAUCAUGAGACAAAACUCGCGGAAACUUCAGACUCAUUUCGAUACGAGAGCCACGAUUUUGGAUAUUUUGAAGUACCAACCAGCCGACUCCUUCAACAACCGUACUCUUCUGGAAAUUUCCGGGGAACGUGGUCACUCAUAUCUCCGUCGUCAACCAUCACUUCCGAGAACUUGCGGACGCCUUCCUAUUCAACCGGAGUACUGUAUUUGUCAAGUGGAGAAGGUGACGGUAGUCGAUGAAAACCUCCGCAACCGAUUGGGAAUUCUUCUAAUCGACCAUAUUCAUGAUCUACUGGACGCUGCGAAUUUCUCAUCGAUGUGUGAGAAAUUUGAGUUUAGAGAGACAACGUCCCUCCUCCACUACGGCCAUACGAACCACUCGGAAACCAGUCACAACUAUGAGAUUACUGUAAUGGCCGAUGCUCCAAGCUUUGCACAAUUUCAGACGAUUCUAAAACAUAAUAAGAAGACGAGUCAGGUGUCAUUUGGAAAUAUAGUGCGGUUGGAUAGAUAUGGCAAGACGGGGGACUGUACGAACAAUAAUAAGUACGAGAAGAUGUGCUUUUGUAAGGGAAUGACGAGUGUACAGAGAUGGUGGUAUCGAUUCGAGAAGUGGUGUAUGUACUUGGAUGAUGAGGUGCAGGAUUGGCUUGCGAUUGCUUAA